UCACCCGACGUAGACCAUAUCAACGCGGCACUAGUCUCACAACCGUGGAAGGUCGCCUCUGCUACGCACACGAAGCUUCUGCCUCCCGCCCCCGACGCCUUCCGAGUUCCCGCAGGUUUCAGUAGAGAGAAAGGGACAAGAAUCGCCAGGUCUUCUCGAUAAAAUGAUUGCCAUGACUGGGAAGCAGUUCUUCGCAGGCGCCGUUGCACUUGUCGUAAUCCUAACAGUAUGGAGCCGUCCUCAGGUGAUCAAGGAGGUAGUGCAAACCAGCGGGGCCGUGUUCAUAAAGGAGGUGCGGCGCAUGGAUCUCAAAGUGUGCCCCAUUCCAGCAACGCCUGACUACAAGAAAUUCCGAGAGGUAGAAGUGGCGAAGCAACUGCCAUGUAAGAACUUUUCGUAUUUCGGAGUGGGCGACGGAAGCAAGGGAGUGUGUUUGGAUAAGGAGUACCAACUGCAGCCCGGGCGAUGCAACGUCCUGUCCUUCGGUAUAAAUAAUGACUGGACAUUCGAUGACCACUUCGGGAAAUUUGGCUGCAAGGUGUACUCGUUCGAUCCCACCAUCGGUAAAGAGGACCACCAACACUCUCCCAACGUCACCUUCUACAACCUGGGCAUUAGCAGCAAGAAAGGCACGGUAGACAUAGGAGGGAAAAUGUGUGAGGUGGAUACGUACUCGAACAUCCUGGAGAGACUGGGUCUGAAGGACUCUGUCAUCGACUACCUCAAGAUGGACGUCGAGUACGCGGAGUACGAAUUCUUCAAAGAGGUCUUCAGCAGGACCCCCGACCUCUUGUUGAACGUCAGGCAGAUCGGCAUGGAGACCCAUCAUGGUCGUCCGGGUGACUUGGAAUUUCUUUGGAAGCACUACCACCUUCUCGGCUGUAUAGGUUUCAGAAUCGUAGACUGUCGGCAGUACGCUAACCGUGCCGAAAUUUUGUGGACCCGCCCGGGGCCAUAGCAAAAUCCCCUGAGAUACUCUGCAAAGGACCAGAGAGAACGUGUGCAGUGUAGUAUUUUGUAGAAGUCCCGCUUGCAGAUCUGUUUCACAAAACCAGAGAGCUAAGUGGAAAAAAGUUAUCUUAGACCAGUAACCUAAGAGAAGACAUUGUUCCUAGACUAGUGAGCUAAGUGGAAACGAAUUUUCCUAGACCAAUGAGCUACGUGUAACUAAGUUGUCCUAGACUAUAAUAAGCUAAGUGAAAACAUUUUCCUCCGACUAAUAUAAGCUAACUGGUGAUUUUGUAAAAUACCUCUCUGUUUCGUGCCAUUUUCUGCCUUAGAUGUAGCUAAUAGUAAACUAAAGACGUAUUAAGUUGAAUUUCUUUUCUUGUUGAUAGGUGCACUGGAUUUAAUUAUUAAAAGUUUAAAAAAGGAUUUAGCAACGAAUGCGUUAUUGUUCCAAUGGUUUAUUUUUCUGGAUUUUCGAAUUCGUUUGACCUUUUUUCAUUACUAAAUCAGGUUUUCUUCAUUCUUGUUGUCGAAACAGUCUUGGAAAAAUUUUGCUCAAGGAGGGGAGCAUUGGAAGCCAUUUUUUAUAAGUUACCCUUGUAAUAAGAAACUCUCGUGUCGUUUUCUCUGAUACAUUUUCUUUAUUAUACUUGAUGGGAUAUGUGUAUGAAGCUACCAUAAACGUUGUUAUAGUGUUUGUCAAUAAUUACUCUGAACUUCAUUAUAUUUGUAAUUAAAAUGGAAUAUGCCUUCUAUAACUGCUCUUGUUAAGGAGUAAUUCUUACUAAUUUAGUAAUGUUUUGGAAAUAAAAGAUGUUGUGUUUAA